UAUAUACGAUGGUGGGUACCUUGCAUGUAGUUGAGAAAAUUAAUAGUGGAGUAGACAUAACUAUAGUUGGAGUAUUGAAAGAUAAGCACUAGUGAGCCACUAAGCCAAUAAGUUCUCUAAGAAAAUCAUUACAUUCCACGACUAAUCCUAUAAACCAACAUCAAACAGAGCUCUAAACCAACAAUGGCUAUGUUAUAGAGUGAUGGGAUCUGAGCAAUUCCCUUGACUUGUCUCUCUCAAUCCCACGACAGCCCAAAAGCAACACAUCACCUCAUCCUAGUAAUAACUAAUGAUGUUUGUUAAGAAGAAAAACAUCAUAGACGACGACGAAGAAGAUUAACAAAACGACAACAAAAAAACAUGAAGAAGAAGAAGAAGAAGAAGAGGAAGAAAGAAGCAAGAAUCAGAGCACCAAUAACGACAGCAAAUUGCAGAAUCACUUUUUGGGUGUACAAAGUGGCGUUGACUUCUGAAUCAUCUUUCACUGCUUAGGAUUGUGACUCUUUUUUUUUUUUCUUUUCUCUGUAUCUCUCUUGUUCACGUUCAUUCACAUUUUUCAAUCUCUCUUGUAUUUCUUUUUUGCUGUCAACCCCUCGAUUUUGUUCUGUCAAAGUAGGUAAAAAAAGGGUCUUUAUUAUAUAUCUCUCUUCCUUAUCUCUAUUCAACCUUUUAUUCAAUGCUGUAUGGCCUUCUAUACCCUAUUAUUUGUAUCUAUUGCUCUGUUUUCUCAAGUGGGUAUGUCGAGAACCUUUUAGUUAAUGCCACCGUUUAGGCCAGAGUGUCUCUUAUAGUGUUUUUCUGGUUGACUGAUUACUACUCUGUGGUUGUGACUUGUUGGGUUUUCAAUUAUAACUUGUUUAGACUUGUCCACUGCCUUGUUAAGUGCUCGUAAAUUUUCCUACUCUUGUUUUGUCAAUGGUUCCUCUUUCUUAUUCUCUAGUUUCUUUAGCAUUAUUAUUACUAUUCCAUCUUUCUUUCUUCAUAUUUUUCCUUGUUUUUACGUUACAUAAUUUGGGUUUUCAAUCUAUGGGAUACUUUCCUUUUUACAAUUGCUCUUUUAUUCAUAAACCACUCUAAUUUCAAUGCUGCAUAAGGUUUAAACCGUUCCAAAAUUGUGUCUUGAUUUGUCUACCUCGAAAAUGGCCAUGCAGGGGAGCCAUCAAAAACCAUUGUUACUUCAAUCUCUUGUCAUUGUUUUCUCCAUUAUAAUUAGCCUGGUAGCUUCCUUAAAUGAAGAGGGUCAUUUCCUUUUGGAAUUUAAAAAAUCCCUUUCAGACCCAAAUUACAAUCUUGAGAGUUGGAACUCCUCUGCUUCAACUCCCUGCAAUUGGAAAGGAGUACAGUGCAAUGAUUCUAAGGUAACUUCUUUGUAUCUCAGUGCUCUUAAUCUGUCUGGAACUUUAUCACCAAGUAUCUGUAACCUUCCCCAUUUAAUUGAACUUAAUGUGUCCAUAAACUUCAUCUCUGGUCCCAUUCCUAAGAAUCUUGCUAGUUGCCAUAAUCUACAGAUCCUUGACUUUUGUACUAAUAGGUUUCAUGGUGAACUAUUGACCCCAAUCUCUGAACUUACAAGUCUUAAAAAGCUUUAUCUCUGUGAAAACUACAUGUAUGGGGAAAUGCCUGAGGAGAUUGGUAACUUAACUUUGCUUGAAGAGCUUGUUAUAUAUAGUAAUAAUCUUACUGGUAGCAUUCCAGCUUCCAUUAGUAAGUUGAAGAAGCUUAAGAUUAUCAGGGCUGGUAAGAACUUCUUGUCAGGACCAUUACCUGCAGAAAUCAGUGAGUGUGAAAGCUUAGAGGUUUUAGGAUUGUCACAGAACAUGCUGGAAGGAGCUCUUCCUGGGAAUUUGCACAAACUCCAGAAUCUUACUGAUUUGAUCCUUUGGCAAAAUCGUUUCUCUGGUUCCAUUCCUCCAGAGAUUGGCAACUUAAGAAGCCUGGAAUUGCUUGCCUUGCAUGAAAAUUCUUUCAGUGGAACGGUUCCUGAAGAACUUGGAAGAUUGUCCAAGUUAAAAAGACUCUACAUUUAUACCAACCAAUUGAAUGGGACAAUUCCAAAUUCGUUAGGGAACUGUACCAAUGCUGUUGAGAUUGAUCUUUCUGAGAAUCAGCUGAGAGGAUUCAUCCCCAGGCAAUUGGGAUACCUUCCCAAGCUCCGGCUUCUUCACCUCUUCGAAAACCGUCUACAGGGAAGUAUUCCUCAGGAAUUUGGGAAGCUGAAGAAUCUGCAGAACAUAGAUUUGUCUAUAAACAACUUAACAGGUAGAAUCCCUCUGGAGUUUCAGAACCUUACACUUCUAGUGGAUUUGCAACUGUUUGACAAUCAUCUUGAAGGUAAAAUUCCUCCUCACUUAGGACUUAACAGUAACCUGACCAUUCUUGACAUGUCUGCUAAUAAUUUAGUUGGAAAUAUUCCUCCACAUCUUUGCAAAUACCAAACAUUGAUGUUCCUAAGCCUAGGAUCAAACAGAUUGUCUGGAAAUAUACCCUAUGGCCUCAAAACAUGCAAGUCUCUUAUGCAGCUAAUGCUAGGAGAUAACCACCUUACAGGAAGCCUCCCUCUUGAGCUAUAUAAACUUCAUAAUCUUUCAGCACUAGAACUCUUUCGAAACCGAUUCUCAGGGCCAAUACUUCCAGAGGUUGGAAAGCUGAUGAAGUUGGAAAGGCUGCUCUUAGCAAACAAUUACUUUGUUGGCAAUAUUCCUCCAGAGAUUGGAAAUCUAGUUCAUCUUGUGGCGUUCAACAUUUCCUCUAAUCGGCUCUCGGGACACAUUCCUCAUGAGGUAGGAAAUUGUGUGAAACUUCAGAGGCUUGACCUUAGCAGUAACAUGUUCACAAGCUCUCUCCCUGCAGAAAUUGGUGAGCUAGUGAAUAUGGAACUUUUGAAACUUUCUGAUAACAAGUUUACUGGAGAAAUACCAAGUACCUUGGGACAAUUAAGCCGACUCACAGAGUUGCAAAUGGGGGGUAAUCAGUUUUCAGGCAACAUCCCAUUGGAGCUUGGCCAACUUUCUUCAUUGCAGAUUGCACUCAAUAUUAGCCACAACAAUCUUUCAGGUCCAAUUCCUGAAAGGUUGGGUAACUUGCAGAUGUUGGAGUCUCUCUUCUUGAAUGAUAACAAGCUUGAUGGUGAAAUCCCCUCCUCAAUUGGUGAUCUGCCAAGCCUCAUGGUAUGCAACCUCUCUAACAAUAACUUGGUAGGUGCAGUGCCAAACAGCCCUGCAUUUCGAAGAAUGGAUUCAACAAACUUUGCUGGGAACAAGGAUCUGUCCAGAUUGGAUUCAAAUGAUCAUGAUACAUCUGCAACACAAUCUCUUACUCAGAAACAAAGUGGGACAAAGAAGGGUUCAACAAAAGCCAAGUUAGUGAUCAUCAUCACUGUUGUUGCUGGUUUAAUUUUCAUUUUUCUUAUCAUGGGAUUGUUUUGGGCGAUAAACGGUAAUCAUCCUACUUUUCUUUCCAUUGAGGAACAACCAAAGCCUGAUGUUUUCGACGACUAUUACUUCCCAAAAGAAGGAUUUUCUUACCAGGAUCUUGUUGAAGCUACCAGCAAUUUUUCAGAGAGUACAAUCUUAGGAAGAGGAGCCUGUGGCACUGUGUACAAGGCUGUCAUGAGCAAUGAAGUGAUUGCUGUCAAAAAAUUGAAGUCCCGGGGAGAAGGAGCAAGUGCAGACAGUAGCUUUAGAGCUGAGAUAUCAACCUUGGGUAAGAUCAGGCACCGAAAUAUUGUCAAGCUCCAUGGCUUUUGCUACCACCAGGACAACAAUCUUCUCUUGUACGAGUACAUGGCAAAUGGAAGUUUAGGAGAACAACUCCAUGGCAAUGAGCAAACUUGUUUACUUGACUGGAAUGCAAGAUAUAAAAUUGCUCUUGGAGCAGCAGAAGGCCUAUGCUAUCUGCAUUGUGAUUGUAAGCCACAAAUCAUACACCGAGAUAUAAAAUCUAACAACAUUUUGCUGGAUGAGUUUCUCCAGGCACAUGUUGGAGACUUCGGAUUAGCAAAGUUGAUUGAUUUUCCAUACUCAAAAUCUAUGUCUAUGUCAGCUGUUGCAGGCUCAUAUGGCUAUAUUGCUCCAGAGUAUGCAUACACCAUGAAGGUGACAGAGAAAUGUGACAUCUACAGCUUUGGGGUUGUUCUGCUGGAGCUAGUGACCGGAAGGUCACCUGUUCAGCCACUAGAACAAGGUGGGGACCUAGUCAACUGGGUGAGGAGGGCAAUAAAAAAUGCAGUGCCUGCAUAUGAUUUGUUUGACAAGAGACUAGGCUUGGAUCUGAGUGAGCAAACAACAGUUGAUGAGAUGACUCUGUUUCUCAAGAUUGCACUCUUCUGCACCAGCUCAUCCCCUGUGAAUAGGCCAACAAUGAAGGAAGUCAUUGCCAUGAUGUUUGAGGCCAGGAAAACUGUCAGCAAGGACUCAUUUUCUGCCUCAUCUGAAGCUCCCUUAGCAGAAGAUGCAUCUUCAAAAGGAAUAAUGGAGUUGUGAAUUAAUUCCUUCAAAAGCGGUGGUUUAGUGAAGUUGGACACAUGUUGAUCUUCAAUAACUUCUACUUUCAGACCACGUGAUUAAUGAUUUCACCUCUCAUUUUGACCGUGGAGGAAAUAAAGAGGACGUUCUCUUUGGUCUUUUUUAUGUACUAACCAUCUACAUAUAAAUAUAUAUAUAUAUAUAUUUAUACAAUUUAUCAAUACAUGAUUUGGAAAGGCUUCAAAUCCAAGCAUAAUUAAUAUGCUUAUUACAUAAUUCACUCACUCAAUCGCUUGUAGGCAACACAAGCAAAAAUUAGAUUUGAUUCUCGGAUUCCCUCCUUUUCUUUCUAUAA